GGAAAUACCCUCCGCGUUCACAGAUCGUUGAGGCUGCCAUUUUACCGACGUUACGUGUAAAGGAACAAUGGUGGUCCUGCUGAAGUCCCAGUCCUUUCCGGAUAACGUCCUCUCCUCCUUGAAUGACCUGAGACUCCAAGGACAUCUCAGUGAUAUUAGGGUCAAGGUGGACUUCCAAGGACAAACAGAGGAAUUCCCAGCCCAUCGGUUAAUGUUAGCAGCGUCUAGUGGCUAUUUUAAAAGCAUAGUCCUGUCCGAACACUGGAUACAAGACAAAGUUCUACUCACCAACAUGGCUACUACAGAUUUUGCGAAAUUUUUGGAGUUUAUUUACACUGGGAAAAUUGAAGUUAGCUGGAAGGAAUUAGUUGAUAUCCAAUCAGUGGCUAAGUUUUUGGACUGCCAGGAGUUGUUCUUGUUGUGUGAAGAAACUAGGGUAAAGGCCUCACGAAAACUGAAAAAAAUGUCCAAAGAAAUUACUCCGACUACUACCACUACUUCUGCUGCAGAAAAAGAGAAUGAGAAUAAUCCAAGAAGGUCUAAACGAAAAAAAAGAAUUAAAAAGUUUGAUUCAGAUGAUAGCGAUUACAUACCAACUAGCGAGAAAACUACAAGUACAAUCCCAUAUGACAAGACACUCAAACUAAGAAUACCAAGUAAAGUUGUUGAAAAGACUGAUGAAUCAGAAAAGGAAGAGAUAGACAAAAAAGAAGUUAAUGGAGACGCAGAAAUUGAAAAUACCAAACCAAAAAAGCCUAAAGACGCAGAACCAUCAGAUGAAGAGUGGACUCCAAAGGAUAACAUUCCAAAUGCAGAUGAUGAUGAUGAUGAUGGGUUCUUCCCUGGAUUUGAGGAGCAGGAGCCUUUAGGAGAUGAGAGCCUGGGGGAGGAGGUGUUCAAAUGGACGUCUAAAGCUCAGUUUGAGUGUACAGACUGUCAGCGAACGUUUCAUUAUGAGAAGAGCUUUUUAAAACACAGAAGCACUUACCACGGCAUGACAUCAGAAAUCAUCCAUCGCUGUGAGAUUUGUCAGCAAACUUUCGCCAACCGCAGUAACCUGAAGACUCACGAGAGACACGUGCACAGCACCGAGAGGCUGUUCAUCUGCAGCACCUGCUCCAAGAGCUUCAAGAGGAAGAAGGACGUGGUCCGCCAUCAGAAACAGGUUCAUGAACGCGACAAUCAGAAAUACGUCUGCAGCAUCUGUGGGAAGUCUCUGAGUUGUAGGACAGGUUUACUUUUACAUGAGCGGAUUCACACUGGGACCAAACCUUAUCAGUGCCCUGUGUGUAACGCCAAAUUCACCCAGAAGACCACCCUCAAUAUGCAUCACAGGACUCAUACAGGAGAGAAGCCGUAUGCCUGUACUGUGUGUCCCGCACGAUUUACCCAGAAACAGAUGUUGUCCAAUCACAUCCGCUCUCACACAGGAGAGAAGCCUUUUAUGUGUGAAGCGUGCGGUAAAAGUUUUUCGUCUCGUGAAUAUUUGAGGCACCAUUGGAACAUCCACACCGGGGCCAAGCCGUUUAAGUGUGAGCACUGUGGGCGGGGCUUCUCUCAGAGGAACUCCCUCAACCAGCAUUUGAAAAUACACACAGGAGACCGUCCGUACAGCUGCAAGUUCUGUGAGAAGCAGUUCACUCAGCUGAACGCUUUGCAGAGACACCAGAGGAUCCACACCGGAGAGAAGCCCUUUAUGUGUAACCACUGUCACCGAACCUUCACUGACAAGUCCACCCUGCGCCGCCACACCACGACUCAUUCUUCUGACGCUCCGUGGACCUCGUUUUUGGUCGUACUGGAUGGAAAUAUUGAAGACAAAAAACCUCCAGCUGAACUCAAAAACAAGUCCCCAAAAGCUGUGGACAAAAAGAACAAGAAAUACUAACAAAGACGAGGACGAAGACGCUAAAACCCCCACCAAAUCUGACACUACAGAGACAACAACUGUUACUGUGCCAUCGGAUUGGGCUAGCCACAGUGCUAUAGCGUUGGUUAGCCAUGCUGCGCUAGGUGGCAUCACUGUCAUCCACACAGAAAUACCAGCAGGAACAAAACUCCAGCCUAUCGUAACUACUGACAGCACUGGAGCUAGCUUGCUAUCUUUGGACAAUUCAGCUAUUACAGUCCCCUUUUCGAUAGCGGCUAACGUAGCGCAGUCUAUAUCUACUACAACUAUACCCACUGUUAGUGUUCCGGAUGGUGCGCUAGCGAUAGUUUCCGAAAGCCAAACUAUUAGUACGCCGUCUGUCCUGGAGGUAGCAGCAUCACAGACAAUUUUAGCUUCAGAAUCGGACUCACAAGCGAAUGAAGAAGACAUGAUGGCGCCAAGUGUUGAGACAGAAGUCGUCAUGGAAACGACUACUGAAAUAGAGGAUGUUAAAAGUGACGCUAAAGAUGAUGACAAAGAACAAAAUUAAACUUAAAUAUAAGGUGUGUUUAGUAUCGUGCGUAUGUUGUAUUGUAUAUUUGUAAAGGAAGAAGAUAUGGAUUUUUGUUAUUUAUUUUACAUAGCUGUGUGACAUCUUUACAUUUCUGUCCACAUUGUGUAAUUAAGUGCUAUUUUUAAUGUCCUUUCUCUUUAAAACCAGUAAGCUUCUAUGAUGUGAAGUAUGAAUUACACACAAUUAAAGCAGAUAUACGAUC